AUGGAUACUAGUCAAAUCAUUUUAUUGGAAGAUGAAUUGAAUGGUUGCAUAGCUGAUCAACAAGAGAAGGCUCAAGUAGAACCUACUCAUGGAAGCCCAAACAAAUCAAAUACUCCAAGUAAAUAUAGCAAAGAAAUUGUAGAAGUUCCAGAAAUUGUGUUGGAAGAUGAAUUCAUUGGUUGGAUACCUGAUCAACAAGAGAAGGCUAAAGUAGAAAUUACUCCUGGAAGUCCAAACAAAUCAAAUACUCCAGCAAUUGGUAUGAAAUUUGAUUGUGAUGAUAGUGCAUAUGAAUUUUACAAAGACUAUGCUCACCGAAUCGGCUUUAGUGUACGGAAACAUUCUGUAAAGCGAGGAAAUGUGGGGCAAAUUAUAAGGAGAACAUUUAGUUGCUCAAAAGAGGGUGAACGAGUUUUUGACAAACGUCGAAAAAAUGCAUCUUAUCGUCGUCCAAUUUCACGAACAGGUUGUUUAACACAGAUGACCUGUCAUCUUCAAAAGGAUGGCAUGUUACAUGUUGUUUCUUUUCACGGCCAGCAUAAUCAUGAGUUUGCUCCUUCGCCAAUGAAACAUAUGUUAAGAUCAAAGAGAAAAAUUUCACUUGCUCAAAAAGCCAUUGCAAAUGAUGCAGAGAGGUCUGGAAUAUCAAUAAAACAAACCAUUGAAUUAUUGAGCAUGCAAGCUGGGGGUCGUGAAAAUCUUGGGUUUAUAGAUGUUGACUAUAAGAAUCAUGUACAUAAUGAGAGGAGGAUGGCUUUGAGGAAAGGAGAUGGACCUGCAAUGAUGGAGUUCUUUCAUAAGAUGCAAUUGGUAGAUCCAUCUUAUUUUUAUUCAAUACAAGUUGAUGAUGAUGGUCAAAUCAUGAACAUUUUUUGGGCUGAUACUAGAUCAAUAGUUGAUUAUGGGAACUUUGGAGAUGUUAUUUGUUUUGACACAACUUAUCGAACAAAUAGAUAUGAUCGUCCCUUUGCUCCAUUUGUUGGGGUUAAUCAUCACAGACAAUCAAUUAUCUUCGGUGCAGCUUUACUUUAUGAUGAGACUAUAGAGUCAUUUAAGUGGUUGUUUGAAACUUUUUUAACUGCAAUGUCAGGAAAGCAGCCAAGAACUAUACUUACAGAUCAAUCUGCUGCAAUGGCUAAAGUAAUAACAGAGGUAUUUCCUAAAUCUAAUCAUCGUUUGUGUGUAUGGCAUAUUUAUCAGAAUGCUGCUAAGAAUCUACAUCAUGUAUUUCAUUCAUCUAAGCAAUUUGCAAAAGAUUUUAGUGAUUGUUUAUAUGAGUAUGAAGAUGAAGAUGAAUGGCUUAUUUCAUGGGAUUAUAUGCUUAAGGAAUAUGGUCUUACUGAUAAUAAAUGGUUGCAUAGCAUAUUUGAUGUGAAAGAAAAAUGGGCUAUUGUAUAUGGUCGACACAUGUUCACUGCCGAUAUGAAAAGCACCCAACGUAGUGAGUCAAUAACAAUGUGUUAA